GGCCAUGGCGACAGCGAGAGCUCGAGGGCCGCCGCGCCCCGCAGCGAUGCCGGCUGGCUGGAGCGGAUCGAGGCCAGGAAGCGCGACGCGCAGCAGAGCGAGGAGGUGGAGGACGAGCACAAGCAGCUGGUGGCCGAGCGCUGCGACCGGCGGAACGACGCGCUGCGGCGAGUCAUCGACCGGCAGGCGCAGCGCAGGCACGAUGUGGACCAACUG